UCCCCCAAACAUAUCUUCUUCCCUCUUCACUUCUUUUGAAAAGCAAGAAAAAAUGGCAAAAAUUCCUCUCAUCUUCUUCCUCUUCCUAGUUACUUUCUCUGUUAAUCAUUCUUUAUCCCAAGCAUCAGCUGAAAAUAUUCAUAAGCACCAGCAUCGUCUUGGCGUGUACGAGCUCAACAGAGGCAACAUCUCAGCCAAGUUCACUAACUGGGGUGCAACUCUCAUCUCUCUUGUUCUUCCUGACAAACACGGAAAUCUUGGCGAUGUCGUUCUUGGGUAUGAUCACAUCAAGGAUUACAUGAAUGAUACAGUAUACUUUGGUGCAAUUGUUGGACGGGUUGCUAAUAGAAUCGGGAACGCUCAAUUUAAAUUGAAUGGAGUCGUUUAUAAAACAGUUGCUAAUGAAGGCCAUAACACACUUCAUGGUGGCAAAAAGGGAUUUAGUGAUGUUGUUUGGAAAGUGAUAAGACAUAAGAAUAAAGGUGAUACACCGUACAUCGUCUUUGGGUAUAGAAGUGCAGAUGGUGAACAAGGAUUUCCUGGACGUCUCUCUGUCACUGUAACCUAUGCUCUUACCAGACACAACCAAUUGGGUGUAGUAAUGAAAGCUAGGCCGAAGAAGAAAGCUACACCUGUGAAUCUAGCCCAGCACGCUUACUGGAACCUUGGUGGACACAACAAUGGUGAUAUCCUUUCUGAAGAAGUACAGAUCUUUGGUUCCAAGUACACACCCGUUGAUGGCAAGCUUAUUCCCACCGGUCAAGUUUUACCAGUGAAAGGAACAGCUUUCGAUUUCCGCAAGCCCCACACAAUCAAGAGCACCAUUGGUCAGCUUCCUAAAGGCUAUGACAUCAACUAUGCUAUUGAUGGUCCGAUGAACGAGAUGAGGAAAGUAGCAAUAGUCACUGAUAGGAAGUCAGGAAGAAAGAUGGAGCUGUUUGCGAAUCAACCCGGUUUGCAGUUCUACACUGGUAACUAUCUGAAGAAUGUGAAAGGUAAAAAUGGAGCUGUUUACCAAGCACAUGCAGGAUUGUGCUUGGAGACUCAAGGGUAUCCAGACUCAGUGAAUCAAGCCAAGUUCCCUUCACAGAUUGUGAAUCCUGGGCAUACUUACAGGCACUUGAUGGUGUACAAGUUUUCAGUUGUUUCAUAAAUCAUUCAAACUUUUCACAUGUUAAUUCAGGUGGAUAUAUAUCAGUCAAGAGGCCAACAAUUUGUUUCUCUUAGGCCUUUACUGUAUCCUGUAGCUGUGAAGAGCCAUUAAUGGCUUUCAUUCACUUUUGGUUUGUUGCCGUCUGUAAUAACACAUGCCCAUUGAUCUA